AUGGAUUGUCUUUGGAUUAUCUUCAUUCUUUCUUUGAUCAGGGCAUCUCAAGGUGGUGCACGAGACUUAGCAAAUAUGGCGAAUGCAUAUGGUGAGAAUAGCGGAGUAGAUGGUGGAAAUGAUUAUGUGUGGAGUACACAUCAUAACACACCAAUAAUGAGUAACAUAGAGCGUAUGAAAGAAUUUAGGGAAAAACAUAACGAUAUGUUAGAAGGUAAAGCAAAAUAUAAUAAGAUAUAUCAUGCAUUGUUAUCUUUUGGAGAUGCUUUUAGAGAUUACAACUCUAAUGAAGUAGAACAAAUGCUUAGAAAAUCACAAAAUGACGAAUCACUAAGAUUGUACUUCAUCGGCCUAAGAAAUGAACUGUUGAAACUUGCAGACUCAUUCCGCAAGUCGCAUAUUUUAGUGUUAAAACAAGCAAAUCGAAAAGAAAAGAAACACGAAAUAGCACGUUUUAGUGCGGAAUGCGAGAAAAUUAUGAAAGAACAGCCAAGGUGCUAUUACGUACAGAAGAUAGAAGAGAUUCUGCAUGAAAUACUUCAACUGAGCAUUACAAUGGAUAAGUGCACAUUAAUACAUGAUCUUAUGUGUGUAUUCGCUCGUCUUAUCGGUACAAAGGAAUGUAACACGAACGAAGGUGUGCAAGAGCAAGCAACACCAACAAACCAAUCAAUUGCACACAACGAAUGGUUUGGAAGGAACGCAGAAUAUGAUAAUUUGUAUGUUCAGCAAUCAAAAGCAUUUUUCGAAUUGUGUACUCGGAUCGAUAUGACUAUUUACAGAGGCAACAGGAAUUACCGUAAAAUAAUGAAUCAUCUUGCAGUAGCACAAGCAUAUUCGAUGCAUGUUCUCUUCGAAACACGGUUCUGUGCCAAGCUUUCGCUGUUUCCUGAGUUUAUCUCUGUGUAUCACCAAUACACGCUCUUUCGUACACAUGCACAGCAAAUCUGUAUCAGAACCAGGCUGAUCUCAAUUUACAUUGCUAGCAAGAUAGAAGCUGUCCUGCCCAGGUUACUGCACUACAGCAGUAUGCGUCAACAGUACAACACAGAACUGAUAGCCACCCGCCUGUUUGUGAGAGAUGUGCUACUCAGCGAACUCCUGAUUGCUCUUGAUACUGGCAUAAAUAUAGUCAGUAAAUACGUUUAUUUCAGCAGGCUGGAGUAUGCGUAUCUGAUGAGCAUUGGAAAGGAAGUGCCUAACUUCUAUGACAUAUUCUUCUUUGUUGCCACAGAUUUAUUUGGUGCACUGCGUUUUUCCAAUAUUACCAUGAAACAUUCGUGGGAUCAAGAAAUUACCUGCAAAGCACUGCACGAAAACAUACCGCUGCAGAAAGUACUUAAAUCAUUAUUUCCAAAGUUCAAAAGAGCGUUUGGCAUGAAUAUGAGAAGAAUGCUUGCAUCGGAACAUGUGGUUAAGACUGGGUGCGACGACCUGAAGAAGGAGAUCAUGAAAGGUAUCAGCGGUGUAAAUGAUCGUGUAGCUGCUGGUGCGAUACUGAAGUUCUACAAAAUCUACCAGUUUGUAGUGGAGGUCUUCGUGCAGACCAAAGUGAAUGAUGAGGAGUAA